AACACGGCUGCGAUAACAAUUAAUACAAAGCAGCGUCUAAGCGGUUAACAACAGCAGCAAAAGCACUUUAUUACGCUUAUACUUUUCAAAACCGGACGGACUUGAGAAGAUUACAAUGAGUACCGAAAACGAAAACCCAGAUGAUGCGCCGAAAAAAGCUUUAAUUUACAUCUGUGGAGCGUGUCAAGCUGAAAAUGAAAUGAAACCUAAAGAUCCGAUCCGAUGCAGAGAAUGCGGUUACCGAAUCAUGUAUAAGAAACGAACAAAAAGAUUGGUUGUUUUUAGCGCUCGAUGAACAUUAUUCAAGUACAUGAUGUUUACAGAAGUAAUAACAGUUUAAUUUUGUCUACAAUUUUAAAUUUUAAAUUGUAUAAUUGAUC